CCCCCCCCCCCCCUCCGAGGCGACAUGGAGCUCCAGGCGUCUCAGCUGGCAGUCGAGGGGGACUUUGAGAUGUCCUGCCUGCUGCUGCCGAGCCCUCAGAGCGAGGCGGUGACCCACGAGAUGGAGGAGCUGUCGCUGCAGCCGCUGCCUCCGCUCAACGAACGCAAGAAUGUGCUGCAGUUGAGGCUUCAGCAGAGGCGGACCCGCGAGCAGCUGGUGGAUCAGGGCAUCAUGCCACCUCUGAAGAGCCCAGCUGCUUUCCAUGGGCAGAUUCGCAGCUUGGAGAGAGCCAGGACGGAGAAUUUCCUCAAGCACAAGAUCCGCAGCCGUCCGGAGAGAGCAGAGCUGAUCAGGAUGCACAUCCUGCAAGAGACCGGAGCAGAACCAUCACUACAGGCCACCCAGAUGAGACUGAAAAGAGCCCGGCUUGCCGACAACUUAAACGAAAUGAUCUCCCAGAGACCCGGCCCCAUGGAGCUGGUGGAGAAAAACAUCCUGCCGGUGGAUUCCAGCGUUAAACAGGCAAUAAUCGUAGGCCAGGUGAAUUACCCCAAAGUGUUGGAGGAGGACAGCAGUGAGGCUCUGUCCCCGGAGCAGCCGGCCAGCCAGGAGUCCCAGGCCUCAGUCCCGUCUCCUGCAGAGAGCCGAGUGCCAGAGACCCCCCCUCCAGCCCCAGCAGCACCUCCUCUUCCUCCAGCCCCAGCAGCACCUCCUCUUCCUCCAGCUAUGCCCAACACCAUGCUGCAGUCCUUCCCUAAUACAACAAAAGCAACAACAGACUUUAUGAAGCUGGUCUCUGCCAUAGAGACUCCUCGUCCUGCUGUCACUCAGCCGCCUGCUCCUCACAAACCAGCACCCACCCUGGUGAAGCAAAGCCAGCAGAAGUCUCCCUCGGAGAAGAGCCGCAGUAAGAAGAACAAAGAGCCCAAGUCCAGGGUGAAGAAGCUGAAGUACCACCAGUACGUUCCUCCGGACCAGAAGCUGGAGGCCAGCGAGGAUCUCAUGGACUCUUCCUACGCCCGACUGCUGCAGCAACAGCAGCUCUUCCUCCAGCUGCAGAUCAUCAGCCAGCAGCAGCAGCACUACAACUACCAGACCAUCCUGCCCGCGCCACUCAAGCCUGUGGCAGAGGGUCAGAGCUCCAUCAUGGUGUCUCUAGCUCCUCCAUCUUCCUCCGACGCACCGCCUGCUCUUCGUCCAAACAACUCGCUCUCCAACCGCAAGCCGGGAGUCCUGCCCGCCAACCUGGAGGAGAUGAAGGUGGCUGAGCUGAAACUGGAGCUGAAGCUGCGCGGCCUCCCCGUGUCGGGAACUAAAACUGAUCUGAUCGAGCGGCUGAAGCCUUUCCAGGAGAACCACAACACCUCCGCUCCGACCAACAACUCUAUCUCCACCACCAACAUGCAGAUGGAGGUCAAAACCAGUGUCCUUUCUCCACAUGAGAACAUGAACCCGACAUCGCCACUCUCACCAAUCCCCGCCGAGCGCUCCACCCAGGACGGAGGAAAACCUGAGACUCCAUCAUUUGAAACGCACAUGGUGACCUCCAACUGGACCCCCACCUUCCAGUCUUUCCAAAUCCCCCAGGAGAAGGACAUGCGGCUGCACGAGAAGGAGCAGCAGAUCGUGGAGCUGAUGAAGAAGCUGGAGCAGGAGCAGAAGCUGGUGGAGGAGCUGAAGAUGCAGCUGGAGGUGGAGAAGAGAGGCUGCUCAGCUGACUCUCCCACCGUCACCUCUCCACCUGCCGUGAAUCCCACUCUCCUGAACUCUAACGUAGUCAAAAUGGAAGGAGCAGUGCUAUCAAACUGUGCAUCCACCACUGCUACCAUCCCUAAUCAGAUCCUGGGCUCCACCUCUCUCUCUCCUCGGCCCACGGUGGUGAAGUUGGAGGAUCUGACUGUUUCCUCUGGGAAGCCGAUUCAGACCCAGACGCAGCUCAUCCCUCAGAUCCAGCCCCAGAUCACCAGCAGGAGUCCCAAACUGCAGACCCAGCAGUUCUUCAUCAGCCACCAGGGCAGGGUGGUGCCUCAGACGCUGCUGACCACCACCGGACAGGCGGGGACUCAGAUCCUCCUCCCAGUGUCGCUGCCUAGCAACGCAACUGCCAUCCAGCUGCCCGGCAACACCGUCAGCCUGCAGCCUGUUCUGCAGACCACAGUCCAGAAUCCAGGCCUGGUGCACGCCUCGGGUCCUCAGCUGCAAACCACUAAGAUGGAGGCGUCACCGAGGCAACAGUUAACCAACAACAACAACAACUCCCUGCUGCAGACUCUGACGAUGUGCAACAACUCUUCUGGUUUGGAGAACCAGGCGAGGCCGGAUCUGAGUCCCCAGAGUUUCCUGAGAAGCUCUCCCGACAACAGAGUCUCUCCACGGGCUUCCCCCAACAGCCACACCUCCAACGGACCCCUCAACAAGUCUCCUUCCCCCCAGCCGACCUUCAUCCUUCAGCACAACUCUCUGGUUACUCAGCCUCCCAAAACAAAAGAGCCCCCCCGCUACGAGGACGCCAUCAAACAGAGCCGCAACAUUCAUUUCAACAACAUCUCACAGGUUCCCACAGCAACCAGCCAGCAAAUGGAUGACCUGUUUGACAUCCUGAUAGAGAGCGGAGAGAUCACCCCCUUCACGCAGCAGGACCCUCAGGUGUCUCAAUCUAAAACCCUCCCGGUCACCGCCAACAUCUUCACGCUCCCCGUCAGCACGGCCGUCUGCAGACCCCCCCCCCAGGUGCAGGUGGCCCCCCAGCCCGUCCAGAGCCCCCCCCCCCUCCUCCCCAGCCUCUCCUCUCUGGCCACAGACCACCAGCUGGAGGCCUUCCUGGAGAAAACUCUGGCUGAGACGUCACCGGCGUCAGACCCAAGGACCAGAGGCCUGAUGGAGGAGCUGCAGGCCCAGCUGAUGGAGCAGCAGGCCUUCUCCCCCAUGGACACUUCAGACCUCUCCUUCUGUGACUCCUCCUCCCCCUCCUCGCUCCACUUGGGCCUCUCCGAUGCGGGCCUGGACAACAUGGAGUGGCUGGACCUCACCCACAUAACUACUGGGUCUGCCGGGGCGCUCACUCCUCUGGGGAUCCCCUCGGACUUCCUGGACCCUCAAGACCUGCAGCUGCACUGGGAGUAAUGGGGGAGAAAGGGAGGGGGCAACAGCUGAGCCGGGAGAUAAAAGCUGGAUGGACGAAAAGAGGCGGUAAAUGAUUGACAUUCCAGAUUUUAGACAAGGGACAACAUGGCGUUCCCGUGCCAUUCCACUUUCACCACUACAUCCAUAAUACUACUCCUAAGAAGACUUCCUGGACCCUCAAGACCUGCAGCUGCACUGGGAGUGACAGGGGUGAGGAAGACAGGGGUGAGGAAGACAGGGGUGAGGAAGACAGGGGAAGAGGAAGACAGGGGAAGAGGAAGACAGGGAGGUAACAGCUGGAUGGACGAAAAGAGGCGGUAAAAGGUUGAGAUUCCAGAUUUUAGACAAGAAGGGACAACAUGGCGUUCCCGUGCCAUUCCACUUUCACCACUACAUCCAUUCAUACACGUGUAAUAUUCCCACUAUCCUUCAGUAUGAGCUGCUGAACAGGCACUGAUUGAAAACUACACUGGGAGAGGAAGACAGGGGUGAGGAAGACAGGGAGGAGAACACCUGAGCCAGGAGAUAAAGCUGGAUGGAUGAAGAUAUGUUCAGCAGCUCGUACUGCAGGAAGAAUAGCCAAAUGCUAAUGCUAGUGCUAAUGGGGAUCCUAAUAAAGAACAAGAACAAACAGCCGGUAACAGGUUGAGAUUCCAGAUUUCCGACGAGAAGGGACAACAUGGCGUUCUCGUGACAUUCCACUUUCACCACUACAUCCAUAAUAUUCCCACUACCCUGCAGGAUGAGCUGCUGGACAGGCACUGAUUGAAAACUAGCAGGAGUUUGCACAAAGAGGGUCUAAAUGACAACAUCACUGAAGUCACCAUAAGACUUUCAACUUUAAGACUUUUAGUGUCUGAUGAGACGAGGAGGCGGAGCCAAAUGAUCACUGGUAGCAUGUACUGUAAAUACUCUUUAAACCACACUAAUACAACUUAAAGGAUAUUAUCGUUUGCUCUACUGGAGGUUUGGCUGGUUGGCUUUCAGUGUGACAUUUGAGUGGUGUUUCCACUGAAGCUUGGUUAUAAAGCCGGUGAUUACAACCCAAGUGUUGCUCUACGCGACGUCUGGCAGAUUAAACCUUUAUACAAAUAUUGGAAAGAGCUCAUAUAGGCCUGUCACGAUAACUACUUCUGUUGGAGGAUUCUACUCUCCAGGAAAUAAUUGAAAUAAACAAUAUUUCUGUCAUUUUAAGACCAUGUUAUGCCAUAGGUGUAAUGACGACAGGGUUUCCCCACACAUACUGUAGACUUUACUUGAGCGGGCCGACCGGGUAUAUUAACGUCCGCCAAAGUAUAUUUCGCGACCCAUUUAGGGUUAAUCUUUUUUUAUCCGUCCGCGAGCACGACGCCAUCUGCGAUCGAUUAACUACCCCUGCUGUACCUGUUCGCUCUGCUAUCGCGUGAAGGGUCUGCUUUAUGCGCUCUCCGCAGUAACUUCGCCACGAGGCUCCGGCGAACAGUUCACCCCCCCCCCCCCCCCUUUUAUGAGCGUGCUCCGCUAGCAUUCUCGGCUACCACCACAAGUAUAUUUCAGAUCUGUGGGAAACACUGGACGAUAUAAUAAUAAUAAUAAUAAUGAAACAAGAAUGAUUAAGCCCAUGUCGAUGUAUUGUACUACAGGUCAGCAACGUACAAAUAAUCCAAAGUCACGUGCAUAUUUCUUAUGAUUUAUUGAUAACGUGAAAAUCAUACUCAUCAGUCUAAAUAAUUUCUACAUAUAUCGUACGAUAAAUCAAUAACCAAAAAAUGAUCGAGGCCUUUUCGUACUACAGGUCGUUAGCGUGAAAGUGAUCCAAGUCUAUUGUGAAUAGUGGAUAGCCUAUAGAGUGCCCAUACAGCAAAAAAUAAAUCCGUACCUUACGAAUGAUAACGGUCAUAUCCACACAUCGUACAAUAAAUUGGUUAGAUUGUUAUCGUGACAGGCCUACGCUUAUAUUCUCAAUGAUAAUAAUGAGUACUAGUUGCCCUGGGACAUCAGUGCAGCCUCGUCUAUGAACCACUUCCCCUGAAGGAGCUAAACCGGUCUGAAUCUGAGGAGCUGGACCUUUUCUAAGAGUUUUUCUCUCUCUUCUCUGCUCACACUGGUCCAACAAACUGUGUGCUGACUCAUCUGAUGUGUGUAUCAGAUGCGACUGUUUCCUCCUGCGGUUCCUCCUAAUGAACCAAUGACUCUAAAGACUGACGACGACGAGCAGGAUCCUCAAACUACGUGAGAGCUAUGCACUUAAAGAGGCGGAGGGAUAUCUGACGGCGCCUCGUCACCUCAGAACACGGACGCCUGAUCUCUGAAGAUCACGCAGCCGGAGAUACUGCAGUUGGUGUCCAAGUAUCUAACUUUGAAUGUAAUUUAAAACAAAAUGGGACUACACUCACAAAGUUGGCAGCUUUUUUUACUCGUGAACUGACAGAAACGGUGGAAAGGGAACAAAUAUCAGUUUGUGAGAGUCGGCUGCAGUCGAACUGUCUUUUAUUUGCUAACUUAGUGAAAUGACAUGGAAGUAUUAAGUCCACAUUCGAAGGAAAGGAGCUUUAAUGCUUCCUUUUUCAUCCCUUUUAGCUUAGGGUACAAUGGACCAUCCCAAACCAAAACGACAGCAAGAGCAUGCAUCGCCUAAUUACGUAGCCUAAAAUAAGAGCAGUCGAACUCUGCCCAGCAUCUUGCCCUGUCAUUUGCUUGCUUUCUAUCGAGGAAAAGUGGUUAGAAAAAUAUUUAUAGGACUUUUCGACAGCAGCCGUGUGUGUGUGUGUGUGUGUGUGUGUGUGUGUGUGUGUGUGUGUGUGUGUGUGUGUGUGUGUGUGUGUGUGUGUGUGUGUGUGUGUGUGUGUGUGUGUGUGUGUGUGUGUGUGUGUGUGUGUGUGUGUGUGUGUGUGUGUGUGUGUGUGUGUGUGUGUGUGUGUGUGUGUGUGUGUGUGUGUGUGUUCUGCAUGUCCUCCCGUCUCUGUGUGCAUGAUUGUUCUCGCGUCGCCCACAAGUUGUCUGAAGAUUAAAGAGCUAAUAUCUAUGUAAUGAAAUAAUUUGCUAUCCAAAAAAAGAAAUAUUCCAAACGUCUCUCUUCACAGCGGCUCCUGAUGACUGUUUUUAUCUGUGUGUUGUUCGGUGUCCUGCAAACGCACACACACACCUUUGAGGUGUAAUACACAACCAAGAGGGCUUAGCUACUUUUAAAGCCGUCAUAAUUUGAUUUUUUUUAAACAUCCAACUUGCUAUUUUAUCUCAAAAGUAAGGAAUAUUUAGUUUUAGGAUAUUAUUUUGGGAUUUAUGCUUACUGUAUAGCACUUUUAAAUCAGAUUUAGUUCAUAAAUUGUCCUUUUUUUAUGCUUUAAAUCACAUUUCCAGUCCAUUUUAACCAAUCUGUCAUCAUGUCCACGGGCACUAGAGGGCGCUGCCUCUCCUCUGGUGUGGCACAUUUUCAGGGUCAUUUCUGGCAGGAAGUAGAGUCACAUCAGGCUGUUUUAUUACAUUUUAAAUCAAUGUAUUUUCUGCCUUUUGUAUUGCGGAUUUGAUGCUCUUACUGCUGCAGAAUCCAUCAUCAAAUCCACAACAUUUAACCACCUGAACAAAUCAAAUACUUCACAAAACGGCUUCCUGGGCUUUGUUUGUUUAUUUUCUACAAAUGUUGUGUUAAAGCGACUGUUUGAUACCCGUUCAGAGCGGACCUAUCUCCUGAUGUUUGGACCCAGGUUUAGCUGACUGCAGGUUUCUUUUUUAUUCCCAUUAAUGCGAGAUGUAAAUCCUACACAGGAUGACGAGUAAGAAUCACUCAUUGAUUCCUGUGUGUCGUAGAAGAGAUGAAGUAUUUGAAGUCACUUUUUACAGCUGUCACAUUUGAUAUUUAGUUGCCAAAAAAAGGCAGAGGAACAUAUUAUCACACGUUUGUGUAAUAAUUAUCACUUAUUUUUUUCAGGGUGAAAAUGUAAACGUGUAUCUUGUUUUGUUUUAAAGAGGAUUUCAUGUGUAUAUUUUGGGUUUGCAGAGUUGAUUUCUUUCGUAUCAGACGAACAUCUUGGCUGGGGAAGAUUUAGUUUGUGACACCACUUUCCAUACAGGGACGGCUAGAAGCAAUAAUGGCUGCUCUCCCUUUUUAUACUGUACUGUAAGUCAGAUCCUGCCUUGAUUUGAUCUUUUAAAAAGCACUUAAUACCCGAGUGGUUUGUCCAAUAACCCUCUUAAUUUAGAAGCUUCAUAGUUUCCUGUUUCUCCUGCACCGUUCAUCAUAAUGUAAACCUAUUGUUGGUGUAAAGCUAGUCAGACAAGAAGAGACGUUUUAGUAAAAAUCCAUUUAUUUUGGGGACAUUUCCAUCGCCCUUGCAAAGUCUCCUCUCUUCCUCCUCACCCAUGCCAUGCCUCUUGUUUGUAUGCCAUAUGUUUUGCACAUUGUGUACAUAUUUAUAUAGAUGUAAUGCAUAUUUUUCUACAUGUGUAACAUCCAUGGGUUCUCUAUUUUGUACAUACUCAAAAAGAUGUAUAUAUAAGUACUGUAUGCCUUUACGUGUCAAUAAAAUGUGGUGUACUGUGA